AAAUGUGAAAACGGAUUGGCUGGUUCAAUCUUCAACAACUCCAUUUGAAUUUUGUCUGAUUUCAUGGGACUGUUUAUUUCGUGGUAGUGACACGAAGCGGCUUCAGCUCUUUUUAGAGAACGGAUAACAUUAAAUACGAUACAAAAAGAAGUAGCCAAAGUAUUGCCAGGUUAAAAUCCUUUGCUUUACCACGUUAAUUGUCAGCCAAGAUGACAAUUAACGUGGGUGUUAAGGCUCUUCUCUGCUGGGUCAACACCCUAAAACUGUCAGACCACGAUAUAACUAUAGACGAUUUACAAGAUGGGACAGUCUUACUGAAAGUUGUUUGUAUGCUGAAAAGGGACUGCCAUUUCACUAAUUCCAUUGAGGAGCGAUAUAAGCUCAUUGCAGAAUUUGUGGAAAGGGAUUGCAGAUUUACUGCAACCAAAGGCACGUCAGUGUCUUGGGACAACAUAAGACGUGAAGUCAACCUAACAGUUGAAAUUGCCAAGGUGCUUUUGUUGCUCAUAUACCACGACAUGAUGAAUGAGCGCUGCACUGUGAACUCAUUGGAAUGUGAGGUGGAGCAAGAGAUAGCACACCUUACUGAGUCCUUUGUGAUGGAGAGCGACGGCUGCGUGUUUUUGAGUAAAAGACUUGAUUCCUAUUUGGCAAGGAGACGUAUAUCUGUCAGCCGUGAAAUAUUUGAGCGAUCCGCAACCACCUCUACCUCCAAUGUGUCGACUAUCUCCUCGUUAACCGAUGAUGAGUCCCCUGUUUUUGACCGCAGACAGAGAGUCACAUUUGUGGACAUGCAAACUGUGGCUUCCUCUUCAGUCAGCAACUCUCCUCUGCAGAAUAUCAUGAACACGCCAAAAUUUCAGUUGAGGAAGAUGGAACGUCGAAUGAUUAGGGAGAGAGACCACCGAGAUGGGUUGGAGAGCGAGCUGGCCAGCAAGAUUGCACUCCUUGCACAGAGAGAGUCCCAUUGUGAGCAUUUGCAGUACUGCCUGGAUAAGCUGAAAAAAGAGCAACAUGAACAGGAGAAUUGUAUCAAAGAUCAAAUCAGUGAGCUUGAGACCAAGAACAACACGUUACAAAUGCGUCUAACUGAGAUGUUAAAGCAGAAUAAAGACCUCAAGUGUAACGCUUCACUUAUGGAGCGCAAAGUUGAUGAGCUGUCAGAUGAAAACGGUGUACUUUCAUCCCAGAUGAGAUCAGUGUGUUCACAGCUAGCCAUCUUUGAAGCAGAAGUUGGCAGGCUGACAGAAACGCAAGCAUUUUCUGAAGAGGAUUGGAGGAGCAAAACAGGACACCUGCAGUCUGAACUUAACCAAGCCACUGCUCAAAAGGAGUUACUGACUGAACAAAUUCAGAUUCUUCAGGGAAAGAUUUCUUGUCUGGAGGAUGUAAUAAACAGGGCCUCUAAGGAAGAAGUUGGAGAGAAUAUGGGACCUGUAAUGGAGAGAGACAUGUUGGACACUGAAAUCAAAGGUUUGAAGGAUGAGCUAGAGAGUACAUCUUGCUCCCUAAAAAAGGCUGAGGUGGAGAUUCAGGCCAAAACACAGCAGCUGGCAGACUAUCAACAAGAAUUAAAUCAACAGAAAGAGCUCAUGCAGCAACUGGAGUCCCAAACUGAAGAAAUCAUUCAAGCUAAAGAUGGAAUUUUAGACAAAUUACAAAAGGAGAUCACUGACCAGAGAGCAGUCCUUCAGCAAGAGAUCCUGGAGCUCAAGGCUCAACUUGAACAAGUUACGCAGCAGAAAACUGAGCAGAUCACCAGAUUACAACAGCAUAUUGCUGCUUGUGAACAAGAAAUUGAAAAACUAAAGGAAAUAAAGAAAGAAAAGGAAAGCCUUCUCAGCCAGAUUGAUGAAAAUGUGAAAGAGCUUGAGACAAAGUUAUCUGCUGCCACUUCUCUCUUGGCUGAUAAAGACCAACAAAUUAACAGUCUCAGAGAAGAAGUUGACAUUCUAACAGAUGAAACCAAAAACAACAAAAAUGAAAUUCAAGCCAAAGAGGAAAUGCUUGCCAAAUUACUUCUGGAAAAGUCUAAUGAGCAAGACAUUUUUCGUGAUAAAAUCCAGACCUUAUCAGUCCAAGUAAAAGAGCUUAGCUUGUCUCUCAAUCAGGCUGAGCAAGAAAUUCAACUUAAGCAAGACAUACUGGCUAAAACCCAACAAGAGAAUGUCCAACAAAGGGAGGUACUCCAACAACAGAUUGUAACCUGUGAAGAGGAGGUUCACAAAUUAAACAAAGAGAUACAGAUAAAGAACGAGCAGCUUGUUAUUGUAAAGAACGACUCUUCUCGACAGUCUGAAUCUCUGGAGCAAGAGAUUACAAGCCUGAAAGCUCAACUAGAAAAUCUUAAUGACUCUCUUAGAAAGGCUGAGGAACAAGUUCAGGCUCAGGAGGUAAUGCUUACAAAGCAGGAGGAGCAAAGUGCUCAUCAGACAGUGGUCCUGCAUCAACAGCUGUCUGUUUCUGAAGAGAGGGUAAGGAGCAUGAAUGAGGAGAUUCAGACUAAAGAGGAACAGAUGAACAUGUUGAAAAAUCAAAGUUUGCAGCAGUCAGAACUACUACAUCAGGAGAUUCAAGAUUUAAAGAAACGGGUUGAGUGUCUGCUCUCCUCACUGAAGAAUGCAGAGGAGGAUUUGAGAGCCAAGGAAAAUCUGUUUGCAGAAAAAUCCAAGCAGGAGCAGCAGAGCACUUUGCAGAUUGAGGCACUUAAAAAGCACAGUGCCGUUCUUGAGGACGAGGUUGAUCGGCUGAAGGGUGAUAUCCGAACUAAAGAGGGCGAGGUCGACCUGUUAAAGGUUGAGAGCUGCAAGGAGUCAGAAGAGCUACAGAAAGAGAUCCACACUCUUAGGGACCAAGUCCAAAGUUUAAAUGAAUCCUUGAAGACUACAAUAGAGCAGGUUCAGGCCAAAGAAUACCUGUUGACACAAAAGGAAAUGGAGAUUUCUCAGGCAAAAGAUGCAUUUCAAAACAUGGCGACAACCUCUGAAGAGGAGAUAAAAGCUCUUAAGGAGAAGAUCCAGUCUAAAGAGGAACACCUGGUUGUAAUAGAAAAAGAAGGCUCAAAACAUUCUGAAAUGCUACAGCAAGAGAUAAAAUGUCUUAAAAAUCAACUUGCUAAUUUGGGUGACUCUCUCACAAAGACAGAGGAGGAGGUUCAAACUCAGGUAGCCAUGCUCACCAAACAGGAGCAGGAGAGUGCCCAUCAGAAGGAGCUACUGCAGAAGCAACUGUCAGCAUCAGAAGAAGAGGUGAGGAAGAUGAAAGAUGAGAUUAAAGCUAAAGAGGAACAGAUGAUGCUGCUGAAGACUGAGAGCUCAGAGCAGUCAGAUCUGCGACAUCAAGAGAUCCAAAGUUUAAAGAAACAGGUGGAGUGUCUUAGUUCUUUACUGAGGAAGGCUGAGGAGGAUAUGCAAUCCAAGAUAAACCACUACAAAGAGACACAAACUGCAGACCUCAGACUGAAAGAGGCUGUACAGGCUGCCACUUUAAGCGAAAAGGAGGCUCUUGUUCAGGAAAAAGAAGUACUUAUGGCCAGGAUACUCCAGGCAGAAAAGAAUCAGAAAACUCUGGAGAAACAACUUGAAACCAUGGUGUUUGAGAAAGAGAGACUUGCUCAAGCCAAGCAGGCCAUAAAGAAAGAGAAUGAGGUCUCCCAUAAACUGGAGUCUAUGCUACAACAGGAGCUGGAAAUGAGUAGAAUGGAGAAAGAGAAACUUUUGAAAGAAAAAGCUGAGGAAAUUGAGACGAUAAAGAGAGACUUACAGCAACAGCUCUCAGUUAAAUCGGAGGCUGCAGAACACUACAAGGCACAGAUGGAGAAGGCAAUGAGUUGUUAUAAUGGAAAGAAACGGCUUCUCCAGGAAAGCCAAGAAGAGACAGUUGAACUCAAGCAUUCCUUAGAGGUCAAAGAGCAUGAAGUAAAGGCUACUACCAUGGAACUCAGGCUGCUGAAACUGGAUUUGGACAAGGCCCAAACCAAUGAGAAGGCACUUUUGAACAGGUUGGCCAGUUUGGAAGCACAGCUGGCUUUUGCUGACCGUAACCUGCGGCUACAGAAUAAGAUUCAUGGUAAUGAAGGAAGUGCAACAGAGUCGGGUUACUUGCAUGUUCCCAAAGCCCACUCAAGUGUUCACACAAGAGCACAGGUGAAGAGAACCAUGAGCUCUGACAGCCUGGACCAAAGCUCUCUAGAAGACUCCUUGAACAUCACAAGGAAACUUGCAGUGCCCGAGGAAUCUAGCACACCACUUGUUCGCAGCUCAGAACGCUUGGCAGCAAAACGCCGCGAACUUCAAGCUGAGUCACUGGAAACCCUAUAUUUUACACCUAUAAAUGCCAGACAGAGCAAAAGGACCAGUACGGAGCACAAAAUGGAUCUGGAUUCAGCCUGUAAAAAUCCAACUUCAUCGGUCAAACGACGGAGGACCACACAGGUUAUUAACAUCACCAUGACCCAGAAAACCCCAGGCGGCAGUGAACAUGAUGACACUUUCUACAGUCUGGCCUCGGCUCGCUCCCAACCAAACCUCUCUAGUGCCAACUCUGCACAGCCUGUGUCUAUGGAUCUGUUUGACACACCUGCCAGGAUGACUGCCAGUGACCAGUUCAUCGGUCUUCCAGGGUACAGACGGAGCACAGUCCAUUCACAGACCACUAGUACAUUCUGUGUAGGGGAAGAGAACGAGCCAGAUGGGGCACCAGACGACUGGAUGAGGAUUGCAGAGCUCCAGGCCAGGAACAAGGCCUGCCUUCCACAUCUCAAGAGCAGCUACCCUGUGGAGUGUGAUACUGGCCGUGGGACUACAUUCCUUUUCACAGACGAAGAACUCCGUAUGGGUGACCCAUCUGACACAAUCCGUCGGGCGUCCAUGAUGCCUGGCCAAAUGCAAGAAUCUCUGGCCUCCCAUCGGCACUCCCUCAUGGUGGGACAGACAACUGCUGCUGUUAGUACUCGUUCUCAUCGUCAUUCCUUGAUGCCAGGCCAGCUUCCGUCAAAAACGGUCGGCUCUUCUCAGCUGAGAAGCCCGAAAGGCACAAAGCGAUCUUCAUCUACGUUGUCUGUACACCAAACUUCGCCUGAGAAAAAGGUGAGGACCAGUUGCUUUCCCCGUCCACUGACUCCCAAGAACAAGAACAUGAUCAGUGGACCUUCUGGCUCUCAGCUUCAGGCCAAAGCCCUCAGUCCAGCUCAUCGGAGGCAGUCUAUGAUGUUCACUAUUGACAGCACCCCUAAAAACAGCAACUACUUAAAAAAAGGGCUAAACAAACUACGCAGCUCCGCCCGGAAAUCCCCAGGCAAAGGUGUAAAGAAGUUGCCCGCUCAGACAUCAGAUCCCCAACCUGGAGUGGUUCGGGCAGGCAGAACUGGCAGCUCCAAGUCCCCACAGGUGACAACCAAAGGACAGAAGGCCACCAGCAGGGCUGCAAAGUCUCCUGGACUGACUGCUAGUGCUCGCAAGAAGCCUGGGUCUGUAAAUGGAGAACAUCUUGCUGGAUUUCCUAAAAGAUGAUGAGCAGGAUGAAGGUGUGAGGACACGUUCCCAAACUGGAAUCACAAUCGUCUCCAAUUCUACUUGAUCUACUUUCUUUUCC